GACAGGGGGGUCUGCGAGUGCCCCGAAGGUUUUGGGGGUCCCAACUGCUCCACCCCCAUUGGGCCGGGGUCCAUCGUGUGGGAGCCCCUGGUGGGAGACACCCCUGAGGAGGACUCCCCGAGCCGCUUCCUGCGCCGCCUGGGCCACAGCCUCGUGCCCGGCCCCAACGAGACCCUCUGGCUCUUCGGGGGGCUCAGCCUGGCCCACGGACCCCUGGCCUCCGUCUACAGGUUCUCUCUCGGCGAUCACCGCUGGACUCAGGUGUUGGCGGGGGAGGGGCAGGGCGGCCCCGGCCCCUCCCCCCGGUACCUGCACGCGGCCGCCGCCCUCCCGGGGGGAGGGGCCAUGCUGCUGGUGGGGGGGCUCACCUGGACAGGUGUGAGCCAGGACACCUGGCUGCUGAACCUCAGCUCCCUGCACUGGAGACGGAUACAGGCUCCGCAGGUUCCGGCCCUGGCCGGGCACUCGCUGACGGCCGGGGGGUCCCGGGGCGUUUUUUUGGUCGGGGGCUUCUCCCCCCAAAACGGCUUCAACACCGAGCUGCUCAUCUUCGACCCCCGCUCGGAAAAGUGGGGGGUGGGCGUGCAGGCCGGGACCCCCCCCACUG